ACGAGAAUUACUUUUCCGUAUAGAAAUUUAUUUGCACCAACCGCAUCCACGAAACAACAACUGUGACAGGAGGGUAGUUUCAUUGGCAUCGGGACCACUCCAGCAUUGAGGUGAAAGACAGAAGGGUAAAAGAUGGCGGAUGAGUUCGACCCUUAUGGACUUCCUCCUGAAGUCACUGCUCAUCCACAUGCUUUGAUAGGAAUGAUGGGCCUCGAUAUACAAAACAAGGCAACUCAUAAAGCUGUUUGGGAAGCAUUUGCCAUGAAUCGCAGGACAGAUCGCACACCUCUCCACUUUCGACUCCUUUCUGUUGAUUUCCAGAUGCCCUCUAUGAAACCAAAAAGACAAUCGUAUGAAUGGUACACCCCAAAGGGCAUAUUAAAAUCUAAUUGGAUUUCUAAGUACCUUUACAAAGUGCCAUCCCUGGUUGUAUUAUUUUAUGAUUUGGACUGGAAUGAUACAAAUUGGACUGAGAAAAAAAAUGAACUUGCCACAAAAGUUCAGGCUACAAAAACAGUUUUGGGUGAACGCAAUGUUCGAAUAGCCUUGGUGCUUAUUCAGAGUGGAAUUAGUGUCCCUGGGGAGGACACUGGUGCAGCCGAGAAAGCCGCCACACUUUGUACAGCUUGUGAUUUGCCAGCAAAGCACUUGUUUGUAUUACCUCAUUCAGAUGCUCAUCUUUUGGGAUAUACUGUCCGGUUAGAAAAUGCUUUAAGUGAGAUAGGAUGGUCAUUUUACCAAGGGGAGAUCAAGGGAGUUCGUGGUCACCGUGAUUUUCUUAAUAAGACAAACCACUCUCUCCUCUUUGUCCGGCAUCAAUUCAAACUUGGUUUUCUUAAUGAACUUCGUAAUGAUCCCCAGACAGCUAUCAAGCACUAUGCUCAGAGUUACCAUCACCUUCUAGAGCUUAGAUCAACAGAUACAAACCUCCAUGAAAUUCGUGUUGUUGCAGCAAUAAUUAACUACAAAAUCUGUCGCCUUGAUUUUGCUUUAAAUCUACCGAGAGAUGCCAUUGCUCAAUUUCGCCGUCAUAUUGACCUUUUCCGGCAGAAGACUGGCCCAAAGGAACUUAUAUUUGAGCACUAUGCAUGGCUUUCAAAGCAGUAUCACAUAUUUGGAGAUGUGUUUGAGGAAGCAGUCCGUCUUGGUCUUCCAGCUGUACAGACUCAACAUCCAGGAUUUUAUUAUCAGCAUGCUGCUCAGUAUGCUGUGCUAAGAAGAAAAACCGCUUUACAAGUUUGUAAGGAUGUGUCAGCGCCUGUGUCAGACCUCUUGGAAGGCUGGGAUAAACUGGAAUUUUAUGGUCAGCGUCCUUGGCGUCCUGGGAAGCAUUCACUUGAACCUCCAGAACAGGAACGGGAAGCUGAAGGCAUCAAGGAAGUGCAGUACCACGAAGUCAAGGAGGUGAAUCAUUCAAAUACAAUAAUUCCAUUAUUUUCAUCUGCAAUUAGUCAAUUUAAGAAGUACCGUUGCCCUUGCAUCAAAAGGCAUCUUAUGGUUCAGAUGGCUGAAGAAUAUCAUCAAGCUAAUGACCCAUCCAAGGCUUUGACUUUGCUCAAUCACGUUAUGUGGGAUUACCGAAAUGAAAAAUGGUGGAGUCUUCUAUCUUCUAUAUCUGCUUUAGCGCUACAGUGUGCAUACUCUACCAAUGCCAUUACUGAGUAUAUUGGUCUAGCCUUGGAAUUUAUGGGACCUCGUCUUCAAGCUUCUGAUGAAGAAAGGAAGAGAGUUCAUGACAACUUGAUGAAUUUAUUAAGUGGUCAGCCACCAGACCCAGAAUCUGGCAUCAGUCAAGAGACUGUCGGUCCAAUUACAGAAGCUUGGGCCACCUUGUUAGAAAGCCAGAUGUCUUCUAUAACUGUUGACAUGACCACUCUAGUACCUUGCUUAGAGGUUAGGGCAUCGUUCCAGAAGCCUCAGUAUCAUGUGGAUGAAGAGGUUCAUGUUACUCUUAAGAUUAGGAACUCGUAUCAGUCUUCGAUUAUGUUGAGUUCCAUUGGGUUAGUAACUAACAUCCCAUCAUACAAUGACUGGCUCAUAGAAACUCAAGCUGAAAAACUUACACUAGCACCAAAGCAAGUAACUGAAAUUGAACUUUUGUUCAAGCCUUUGGUGGAAGAUGUUGGAAAGAAAAUCAAGCUUACUGGUGUACGAGCACAAUUGGGUAGCAAGGAUAGCAAACUUGUAGUUGGCCUUCAGUGGUCAGGACCUGGGAAUGAAGGCGUAACUUUGAAUACCAGCAAUACUCCUUCAUUUAAAGAGUUUAGCCUUUUGUGUCCAGAUGGAUUUGACACAUGUGUUCCUGUUGCAGAAGCAGAUAUUCUACCCCGUCAGCCCAAACUUUCAGUUACUAUUAACCAUGAUCCUGUGGCAUUGGUUUGGGAAUGGCUUCCUUUUAAAAUUACUUUGAAAAACACUGAAGAAUGUGCAGCCUUUGAUAUAUCUUUGAAUCUUGGGUUGGAUUCAUCUUCCCCUUCAAAUCUAGAACACACAACUCAGAUAUGCACUGCAUCAGGCCUUCAGGGAGAUAAGCUAGGAUCACAUGUCAGCAACCUGCAGAUGAGUGAGCUAGGGGUUGGGGAUGAGCAGUCGGUAACUCUCUAUGCCAAGUGCCUUACAUCAGCUGAAAGGGUCCUUACACUUAAAGUAGAGUAUGUUGUUACUGUGAAGUCUAAUGGAUCAUCUGUUCAGUGUCCUUGUAUUCAUGAAGAAAGUAUCCACUUGCAAGCCAGAAUUCCAUUCCAGGUUACUGUGGAAACUCAGUCAAUGAAGUUUGAAAAGCUGGCAAAGGUAGCAGGAGAAGAGAGCUUUGUUAUCAUUCCAAAGAUAAAGUGCACAUCUCAUGUUCCUAUUCGCCUGACAAAUUCAGCGCUUGCUUUGUCAAGUGAUGCAUACCAGGUUGGUUCUGACACUAUAUCACAAAUAGCUGGAACAGAACUCGCUGAAGGUGAAUAUGGAGUAGAUUGCCUUUGUGUUGCUGUAUCUAGUAAUGUACCUUCAAGCAGUGCACUGGCAUUAGGGCAAUACUUCCUAUAUUGGAAAAGGGCAAGUGAUACUUCCCCUGAAGUGAGUGUCAGUGUAGGAUUACCAUCAGUGAUGGUCGAACACUGGGGUGUAUGGGUGGAAUGUAAAUUACCACCACAAGGCACCUUGCGAGCCCCGUUAUUAAUCACCUACAUCAUUUACAACCGAGCUGCUCACACAACAGAGCUAGCUCUCGCUAUGCACUCAUCUGAUGCUUUUAUGUAUGCUGGCCACAAGGAGAUCCGAUUGAGAGUUUUGCCAGGACGCAAGGAGUGCGUUACGUAUACCCUUUACCCUUUGCUAUCUGGGAAUGUUCAGUUGCCAAAACUAGGGCUUAGUGUAGAAUCUCAUUCCCCUGGUCAACCCACGUCACUUGAAACGUUAUUGAAUAGGAUAUUACCCACGCACAUAUAUAUAGUGCCUCAAGCCAAAGGUGGAGACUCAUCCGUAUCAUCUUUAACAGAUCGAUUUACUACAGUUAGCGUAAGUUAGUUGGUAAAUUAGUGCACCUUCAGAUGUGAGAUACAAUUUUUUAAUAAUACUGAUAUUUGAAUUGUUGAUAUGUGUAUUUUGGAUCUCUUAUGUACAGUGUAUAAUACUUUGUGAUUUUAAUGUUGAUUAAAAGUGGAAUAGAAUUGUUAGAAUAUGUUACUGAUAUUUGUAAAAUAAGUCAGUAGAAUAAAAUAGUAAGUAAUGUA